UGGAGCCCGAGAGCCAGGGAGGCGCGAGGAGAUCCGAGUGCGACUGAAAAUCCCGAGUUCAAUUUGAAAGGAAGAGGCCGAGAGAACUGACACGUUGAACACCGGCUCUGUGCUUUAAUAGUAUUUCUCGCGUGCUUGCUUGCUUGAGGUCCUGAAGACAAAAUGGAGGAUUCUGGACGAGAUGAUUGGGGAGGUGAGAGCGAGCAGGAUGCUGGAGGAUGGGACCGUUAUUCAGACAAGGACUCGGGCAGGGACCGUUACUCCAGUGGAGGUCGGAACAGCAGAAAGCCUGGAGAUUGGGACUGCCCAAGUUGCAAAUUCAUCAACUAUGCAUCGCGCACAGCUUGCUUGAAGUGCCGGAUCCCAAAGGAUGUUGCAGGGGGUGACUUCUCUAGCCCUCGUGGUGGUGGUGGUGGCGGAGGCGGCAGCAGGCCUGGAGAUUGGGAUUGCCCAAGUUGUUCAUUUAGCAACUAUGCACACCGUGGUUUCUGCUACAGGUGCAAAGUCCCCAGAGAGGGAGGUCGUGCUCGGCCAGGUGACUGGGAAUGCAGUGACUGCAAGUUCCUGAACUUUGCUUCAAGGAGCCAGUGCAUGAAGUGCUCUAGCAGGAAAUGUGACUAAGCAUAGAGGGCACAAAAUUCUUAUUAUUCUUAUUUCAGGAUAUGCACUCCUUAAUAUUGCUGAGAGAUUCCCCUUCACCAAGAGACCAACCUAUGUUCACAAGGCAGAUGCUCGCCACCAAACCCAAAUAAUUGAAAAGCAAUCCAUUCAUCAUGUGUGAUUUGAAAAGAAAUUUUAAAUUGCAUCAAUUUCACUAUUUGAAUACCCAAUUAAAGUUUUGCUAGGAUUGCUCAAAAGUGUGGUAUUACAGAUCUCUUUUUUGCUCAAUAUUCAUGAUUACAGUGUGGGUCUAGAGUUGAAUUUCUUAGCUAGUCAUUGUUAACAGAGUUGAUAGUUAUCUUAUCGAUGCUUGAGAUCUUGAGAUCAACUAGUGAUUUACGCUCUACUCCCAACCACAGAGGAAACAUGAUAAUCAUGCAUUUUGAGAUGAUUAAGGUCGAUAUAUACACUGCCAGACACUUCCCCUUCCCAUCCCUCUUUGUGCUACAAAGCAUAUAGGAAAGAGGAACAUGUAAAUUUAAUUUCUCCUCCUACCCCAGCACCUCCCUCCCUCCCUCCCUCCCUCCCUCCCUUGUUUUAGAUAUCAAAGAAUGUGUAGUUUUGGUUGGUAUGAUCUACAAGCUAGUUUUUGUUAUUUUCUAUUUUCAUUUUUAUUUUUUUCACAUGUACAAGGAAUGGUUUCUAACUUGUUUGUAUUCUUAAUUAAAAAACAAAAAACAAAAAAAAAGGGCAAAUACUGGACAUGAAACCUGAGGUGCAUAGGAGUCCUUUGUCAUUUAGGUUAAUAGGUUACGAGUUGUAUAGUGUAAAUUAACCAUUGAAUGGACAAGAACUCCAUAUGCAAAAAUAGGGUCCACUUAAACUAUGAACUGUUUAAUGUCCAGUAUGUUAACUUCAAAGGAGUUAAAUUUUAAAUUGCUCCAUUUCUUUCUUUUUUUCCAACUUCAAAAUAUGAUUACUUAAGUUUCCUAUGUACUUGCUUUUGAUUAAUGUAAUAUAGGUUAACAAUCAUGUGUGUUUUAAAUGAUUCAUUAUCUUGCUGGAAGGCUCUUCUUGAUGCUGUACCUGAUAACCCAAGAAAAGCAUAUAAAGGAUUUAUUUUAG